UGGACUCCUGCUUUUGCUUACCCAGUUGGUGCCCGCGCAAGAUUAAGUGGCUCUCCUGUUCCUGUAGCUCUAGUACAGAUUUACCAUGGCGACUCAAUAUACUUAUUCAGAACAUACACUUUUAAUGCGGUCACAUUUCCAGAAAAGUUGAGACAAGUAAUUGAAUCUUCAAAAAUUAACAAGGUUGGCAGACAGAUUGGUGGAGAUCUAAGAAAAUUUGAGCAAUACAACAUAAACAAUGCUCCCGGUCAGUUGGAUAUUGGUACUCUUUGCUAUGACAAGGAAAUGGCAACUAGAAGAACUUAUUCCUUGCAAAGAAUAUGUGGUGAGGUUCUAAAUCUAAAUAUGUUGAAGCCAGGAGAUGUGAGAAAAAGCAACUGGGAAAUGGACUUUCUUUCAUCUGAGCAUAUACAAUACGCUGCUGUUGACGCUUAUGUAUCUCUCGAAGUCUACAAAAAGUUAAAAAAUUUGCAAACCGUCAGAAAACAAGUCGAUAUGUCUACCCCGUCUGGUACAUUUGUAGCUUUGUAUGCUUCAUCUGCAGAUAAAGCUUUUCCCGCGGCCUUAGGUUACUUACGUGAUGUUGUGGAAAUCGGUGUAGAUUUAUAA